AGUCGCCAUCGAGGGGUUGCUUCUGUGCCUACUCUACCUUCUAUCCUAGUGUCUCGUGGCGAUAGACUGUACUUCGAGAACUCCUUGAGAUCCUCUGAUGAGCAGCGGGCCCAUCGGACGCACUACACGCAGUCGCACCGCCAAAGCCUCUCCACCUUCAGAUCCCACGUCAGUUGCCUCCGGGUCAAAGCCAAGUGCCUCUCCCUCCCCCUCGCCCGUCACUGGAAACCUAACCUCUUCACAAAAGACAAGGAUCACCAAGCCUCUCUCUUCCAGUCGCACACGUUCGUCCCGCCACUCGGCUCGUUCCUCUGCCUCCUCUUCGACUGGCAUACGCCGCUCUGCUGAGGACAGGCAAGACCUAGCGUCCCCACCUGCGCCCGCUUCACGCGGAAAAGGCCGGUCCCCGUCUGUCACUACCGCCACUGCCCGCCCGGCUCGUCCCACCGUGUCUCCAAAGUCGAGGACUAGCAGCAAGCGAGGCAGAGAGGAUACUGAGUCUGCAAGUCCUGCUCAGCCACGCAAUCAGCGCACCGACAACUCUUCCUCUACGACCGAUAGCCGCGCCAAGGGCAAAUCCAAAGCUGAGCUUCGAGAUUCUUCGGCGACUACCCAGUAAGUAUCUACGACUGAAGCUAGCAUCUAUACGGUCGUGAGAUCGUUGCGCUGGACUGACCGGUACUGUCUCUGUGCCCGCCAGACUCCGCCGAUCACCUCGAACGAGCAUUUCAGGCACCCAGGCAGCGUCUCCCUCCUCAUCAC